AUGAAGUCGGCCCAAUAUAUUCCUCAGCUCAUCGCAAGCCUCUCUCCUACACCCGCAAUGGAGAUUCGUCUAACCGGUAAACAAACAGUCUUCACAACCGGCGAUGCACUCCAGGGCGAACUGGUCCUCCACCGAAGAAAUGCUCCUCAGGGCGCUCGCGUCUCCAUAACCCUGUGUGGAAGAACAUCAACCACCGUAACAAAGACCACGCCCUUCCCCAACACCGGUAGUAUCGUCGACUACACCUUUCUCCAAAUGCACCACAUUGAACCCCUGGAAGCAUGUCAUCAUCAUCACAUCGUACCUUUCUCAUUUGUCAUCCCUGAUGCUCUUCCAUCCGACCCAUGCUACGAGCAUAUCCCGUCUGGAACGGCUGCUCAUCAUGGAAAGGAUCACCUCCAGUUACCCCCCAGUGUGGACUACAAUUCGGAUAAAUUCUGUCCUGAGAUGUGCAGCAUUAUCUACUAUGUCCAUGCCGAGGUGGACAUGGGUAAUCAGCGGUUUCAUGCCACACGGCAGGUCCAGCUCCUCCCGCUGUGCCCUGAACAACCACCUCGUCUGUGGCCAGAGGGGGAAUGUAGUGAGAUCCAGAUGUCUGAUACGACCGGUCUUCGUAUGAGUCUCCUGGGUGCGAAAACGGGGCAUGUCACAUUGUGUGCGCGAGAGACAAAGCCGCUCUAUCUACCUCCAGAUCAACGUCAUGGAUCAACUAUGGCUCCUAUCCACUUCAACCUAGGCCUUGAAAGCCUCCAUCCGGAGCCUACCUGUCCAGACAAUUGUCAGGUCAAGGUCACUUUGGAGGCUGCGACGUAUUUUACCUUGUUGCCGAUGGACGAACUGCCGAGUUGGCAGAGCGCCGCCAAGGGACAAGGACAGUUUUUCCGGGCGAGUGUGUGCUCGUGGAAGAAUAAGUCUGUUGGUCUGCAGUGGAUUGAGAAAGCGGGUAAUACUCACACUGCCAGCCUUGUCGUGCCAAUCCCAGUACCUGGCGAUGUGGCGCUUGUCCCGACCUUCCACCAUUGUUACGUAGCCAGGGAAUAUUUUGCGCGCGUGGAAGUGACGGUGGGUUGUUCGAGGACGUUGCGAGUGACGGUGCCCGUUCAGAUCUAUAACUUACUCGAGCGUUGA